GAGAGAGAGAGAGAGAGAGAGAGAGAGAGAGAUUCUUGAAUUGAUAGAAGGGUGAUAGUGUGAAAAGGAGAUGCUGGUUAAAAGCUAACUUAAACCCGGUGCCGAGUCAACGCUCAAAUCGACUCCGAAGGACACUGCUUUGGGCUGAACGCCAGAGGAGAGAUGGGAUCAGCUUCGUCAGCGAACAGAGUGAUUUAUCUAGACGUUGAUGGCAGAAUCCAGAAGGUUGUGUUCAGUCGGUUCUGCAGCCCGUGUGACAUCAGAGAACUGUUCUGUUUGGCUCUGGGGCUUCCCAGGAACACCGCCAUUUCCCUGCUGGAUGUUACAGGAGCCAUGGUGUCCAUUGAUCCCACCAUGCCACACAACUCUGAGAGGGCACCGUACAGAGUAAUGCCACUGACCGGGGGACAGCUGGCUGAUAAAGAGGAGCUAUUUCAGAAUGUACUGUCUCAGGUUGCAGAGCAGUUCUCCAGGGCCUUCAAAAUAAACGAACUGAAAACGGAAGUGACAAACCGCCUGGCCAUGCUGGAGAAGAGAGUGGAGUUGGAGGGCUUAAAGGUUGUGGAGAUUGAGAAAUGUCGCAGUGAUAUCAAAAAUCUACGUAAAGAGAUGGCCUCCAGGAACAACAGCAGUUUCAUGGACGAGGGGAGGAAAUUAAUCCCCCAUAGAGACGUGCCUUCCUACCUCAAGUACCAUCUGUCCCAGGAAACAGUUGAGGCUCUGAGAAAGCCUGUGUUCGACGUUUGGCAGUGGGAGCACAAUGAGAUGCUGAGCUGCCUGGAGCACAUGUACCAUGACCUGGGACUGGUGAAAGACUUCAACAUCAACCCCAUCACCCUCAAGAGAUGGCUGCUCUGCAUCCACGACAACUACAGGAACAACCCCUUCCACAACUUCCGGCACUGCUUCUGCGUCACGCAGAUGAUGUACAGCAUGAUUUACCUCUGCAGCCUGCAGGAGAAGUUCACGCAGGUGGACAUCCUGAUCCUGAUGACAGCCGCUGUGUGUCAUGACCUCGACCACCCCGGUUACAACAACACGUACCAGAUAAAUGCGAGGACAGAGUUAGCGGUGCGCUAUAAUGACAUCUCUCCCCUGGAGAAUCACCACUGUGCCGUGGCCUUCCAAAUCUUCACUCAGCCUGACUGCAACAUCUUCUCCAACUUUGACCCCGAGACCUUCAAACAGAUACGCCAGGGAACAAUAACACUAAUCUUAGCCACAGACAUGGCCCGACAUGGGGAAAUCCUGGACUCCUUCAAGCAGAAAGUGGACAGCUUCGACUUUACAAAUGAGGAGCACGUCACCUGUCUGAAGAUGGUGCUGAUAAAGUGCUGUGACAUCUCCAACGAGGUGCGGCCAAUGGAGGUGGCCGAGCCCUGGGUGGACUGUCUGCUGGAGGAGUACUUUACGCAGAGCGACAGGGAGAAAACCGAGGGCCUCCCCGUGGCGCCCUUCAUGGACAGGGAGAAAGUGACCAAACCCACGGCCCAAAUCGGCUUCAUCAAGUUCGUCCUCAUCCCCAUGUUUGAGACGGUCAUGAAGCUGUUCCCUCAGAUUGAAGAUGUGAUGGUCGUGCCCCUCAGAGAAUCUCGGGAUCGCUACGAAGAACUAAAGCAGAUUGAUGACGCCAUGAAUGAGGUGCAGAAAAAGAAAAGUGAGAAUUUAACCAUGGGUGGGAAGAAGAAAUGAGAAACCAGAGGACUGCUCCUGGGACAGGCUGCAGCUCAGGGGAAGGGAGGCACCAGACAGACGGACAGACAGACGGACAGACAGACGGACAGCUCAGAACCAUCACCCGGCAGCUUUUAUUACUCAUUUGUUUUGUACUUUUCACGUGUACAGAUUUAUAGAAUACUUAUUUUUUUUCUUUCCUACAAUAAAAGAGUUGUACUUUGCACUUUUGAA